GGACGGCUAUUUUGCAUGAAAGCACACACUCAAACGCAGACGUACACAUACACAGACACCCAGCGCGAGGCUCCAGCGACCGAGCAGCGGCGAAAUGGAGCUGCCCGCCGCGGGAGAGCACGUCUUCGCAGUGGAGAGCAUCGAGAAGAGGCGCGUCCGGAAGGGGCGUUUUGAGUACCUGGUGAAGUGGAGAGGCUGGUCACCCAAGUAUAACACGUGGGAACCAGAAGAAAACAUCUUGGACCCGCGCCUGUUGGUCGCCUUCCAAAACAGGGAGCGGCAGGAGCAGAUGAUGGGAUACCGCAAAAGAGGUCCAAAACCGAAACAUGUUCUUACACAGGUCCCAUCAUUUGCUCUGAGAUCCAACAUCCUUUCUGGCCUGCAAGAGGCAUCGCAAGACAAUAGCAGCUAUCUCAAAAUGUCUGUGGACCCAGCACAGACACAGCAGUACCAGCUGAACAGCAAAAAGCACCACCCUUACCAACCCAUCUGCAAGGAGAGCUCAGGGGACACUCUGGUCAAUGGGAAAAAGAAGCACUACUACCAGCUGAACAGCAAGAAGCACCAUCACUACCAGCCCAGCACCAAAAUGUACCAGAAGGUGGAGACAGAGCCAGCUCAGACCCUGCAGCAGAAAUGGGUUCAAGAUAAGGAUUCUGGAUGUCUUGGCAAAGUGAGGGACAUCACUAUGGAGCUUGAGAAGCUUCCAGCUAGCCUCGACGGCAAUGGAAAGCCGAAACUUGCUAUGAAGGAUGUUACUCAGGUCAGUGGAAUAAGCAGCAAGCUGAAGAUUGUGAAGAACAAAAAUAAAAAUGGCCGCAUUGUCAUUGUCAUGAGUAAGUACAUGGAAAAUGGCACACUGGCCGCUAAGAUUAAAAACGGGGAAGUGGACAUGGGGGUGAAGCAGCAACAGAAGUUGCAGGAGAACCAGUCAUCUGCAGUGACAGACAGUGUUGUGGAAAAGAACAGGCACUCUAAGAAGCACAGCCCUGAGAAUGGAUGGAAAAAGGACAGCAAAGAUGAGACUAGGCCUUUGCCGUGUGGAUUACCAAAUGGAGCUUCCUUCCCUGCUGUGGAUGGUUCAGUAACGUCAAGCCCACUGGCAGUCAAGACAAAUAAAUCAGAACAAAAGUCAUGCAGUCCUGACCUUGAUGAUCAACCAGUGCAGUUGACAACCAAGUCCAGCUUAAAUCCAAAGCCUUUAGAUAAGGGAGCUCUUCAUCAUUUUGAUCAGAGGAACGUCCUGGGAGCUCUCAAGCGGCGUAACUCAGAACCAGACAGACAGCAGGACAGUGAGGCCAAAAAAUUCUCAACCUUUCGGAGUUUAAGUGCACCAGGGACAAGUCAUUGUCAAAACAAUAGUAUCCACCAUAAUGGCCACCAGCACUCAAACGGACACGCAAUGGAAUUGGACUGCCAGGACGAGCCCAUAGACCUAAGCUGCUCACGGGCAAGAAAGGAAAACAACUCAGUCAUAAACUGUCAGAUUAAUGGGGGCUCUAAAAGGGCUGAGCAUGCGGCAGGGCCUCAGUCUACACGGACAGAGAAAGAGCAGGACUUAAAACCUGUUUCCAGCUUUACACCUUUUCUUGGGAAUAUAAUAAUCACAGACGUAACGGCAAACUGCCUCACAGUGACAUUCAAGGAAUAUGUAACUGUCUAAAAAUGACUGCUGCUUAAAAAAAUACUUAUAAAAAAUCUACUGAUAACUUUGUUAAUUUGUACAAAUGUAAAGUAGGCUCUGCUUUCACACCUAAAGAUCAGUUUAAUUUUUUUAUGAUCCUGUAUAAAAUAUAAGCUUUGAUUCCGAUUCAUUAUGCUAGCUAUUCCAUAUUUGUAAUUAUGAAUCAGCAAUGGUUUGUUUCUGUCAGGGGCUUGUUUCCGUUGGCAGUGCUUUAUAUCAGAAAGCUAAUAUGUUUAAAAAGCACUUACUUGUGUAUGUAAUGCAGUGUAUUGCAAUGCUAAAUGUUUUAUUGUCCUCUCAAUUUGCAAUUUAAGAGUUUUGAAAAAACCCUUUUACACACAAAGUGUGUACCUGUAUCUUUAGGAUCAUCUGAGCACAUUAAAAUCUUAUUUUUGUGUGUCAGUA